UAAAAUCAACAUGAAGAUUCUUCUCCUUCUCAUUCUGGGGGCAUCAGGUGCCACUGCAGCAGAAAUUUUUAAAAGGGUCUCGGAGGACAAGAGUUGUAAAGGCAAAGUGAAGCACCAUGUGGCUUUAUGCACAGCUCCAUGUAAGAAUUUUCUUGUUUCAUGUGGUGGCACACUGAUUACAAAGUCGUGGGUCCUAACUGCUGCUCACUGCAAGGAAGACCUUGAUGUGAAAAAGUUUGCUCUCAUUCCAGCUGAUGCAGACUUAUCAAAAGGAGGAGAUAUGAUCGAAAUAACCAACAUCUUUCACCCAGGAUUUGAGCGUAAAACUUUUGAAAAUGAUAUAAUGCUACUUAAGCUGAAGACCCCUGCAAACAUAGACAUUGAAGUUUCUCUACCAUCUAAGUCUGAUUGCAAAAAUCUGGCUGAAGGAAAACAGUGUCUAUUGGCUGGCUGGGGGAGAUAUACAUUUAUGUCUCAAAAAGGAAAGCAGAUUGAUCCUCCUCAUAACUUGGGAUGCUUGGAUCUAACAACUGGUAACUGUGAAGUCUACAAAGCUAAUGAAAUGAAACCAGUUGAGGACAACCUUUGUGUUGAGGGAGAAGACAGCGGCGUUCACCAUGGGGACUCUGGUGGAGGUCUGAUCUGUGAAAAGAAAAUAUACGGAGUUGUGUCAAGGGGUCAGGUGCCACCCAGCAAACAUCCCAUAUACUUCACAUCGGUUUGCAGCCAUUUGGAGUGGAUAAAAACAAUGAUAAAAUAGUUUUCAAGGAUUUAGACUUGACACUUUUCUAAAUAAGCCUUAACUGAAUAAGAAAAAUAAAUAAAUCCAU